AUGUUCCAGCACGGGGAGCCUCCUGGCGAAUGGUCUCGGGCUAUGUCCUCCACAGUUGCUACCACCUUAUCAACCACAAUGACAGCAUCCAAUCACCGAGCUCGGGUUUCCUCAUUGACUCCACUCUGCGAGACAAUCCAACCUGCUCGUUCGUCGGCCACCGUAGAACCCUGUAGUCACGCAAGUUCAUCAGCGUCAACCACCGGUCUUAAGAUUAAAAUUCGUUUUGGAGCUGCAGCAAACGUUCAAAUACCGACAGCUGUCAACUCUGAUGAUAACGAUGAUGAUGAUGCUAAUGAGGAAGAUGAGGAAGAAGACGAUGAGUCUUCUGUCUCGACCACUUCCACUACACCGGGUAGUCCAUAUGCUGAGGCUGCGGGUCGGAUCUACUACCGUCGGCUCCCUCCACUUCAGCCCUUGCCCACAGUUAGUUUAAAGUCAGGGCCGAAUGCGGACCAGCAUCAUCAUCGCCAUCAUCAACAACAGCAAGAGAAGAUACCACGUGAACUUGUUGCACAGGGCUCAUCAAGUAUGACUAAGCCAGCUUCUCCUUCUCUGCUUACACUUAAAUCUCCCCCACUGGUAUCUACCUCUGGGUCCCUUCUUGGCUCGCAUGUAUGCAAGCAGACUGUGACUUCAUCAGGCGGUUCAACAACGUCUAGUGGGCAUUUGCCUCCAUCUUUGCUACUGGCGGUCAAGGAUCCUAUGAAUGGGAAACAAGAAUCAAGCACGCCUUUCAGGUGA